AUGUGUAUCCUGAGUUUUUUGCGUGUUCAAAAAUCUGUGCCCCUCUGCACGCUCUCGCUGCUGAUCGCGACGCACGCGUCAGCACAAAGCUGUGACGACCUCACAUUCACCAGCACGCUGCUCGAUGCCGGGUCUGACCCACAGGGCAUUGCACUGGGAGACAUCGAUGGCGACUCGGAUCUGGACAUCAUCUCCGCGAGCUACACCACGAUCAUGCGAAUCCAGCUCAACGACGGCCAAGGCAACUUCGGUCCCGCCACCGUAUACGACGCAACGGAGAGCGUCAUGGAAAUCCGCCUGGUAGACAUUGAUAACGACGCUGAUCUGGACAUCGUCGCAAUCGAUAACUCGCUCAGCAUCCACCUCAACUCAGGUUCUGGGAACUUCACGCUCUCCUAUACCCACCCAGUCGGCGUCACGCCAAUCAAGUUCGCAAUCGAUGACCUCAACGGCGACGCGCUCCCUGAUAUCAUCGUGGUCAACAUCGAUUCCGACGAUGUGAACAUCCUCACUAACCAAGGCGAUGGAACAUUCCACAACGAGCUCCAGUUCGAAGUGGGCACAAGGCCUUCCAGCGUAGCGAUCGCGGAUAUCGAUUCCGACGGCGACAACGAUUUCGCGAUCGCGCUGUGGAGCCAGGAUUAUGUUGAUGUGUACUUCAACAUCGGACCAAUGAGCUUCGUCCCCGCGCUCUCAUAUACAGUCCCCAACGGACCAACAGACCUCGGGUUCGUCGACAUCGAUCAUGACAACGAUCUCGACCUCAUCGUUGCCGGCACCGCGGGGUCAACAGUCGUCAUGAGGAACUCAGGAUUCGGAACAUUCACAGGAAACACAUUCCACUACAUCGGACCCAGCCCUCGACAGCUCAUCCUCCAAGACAUCAACAGCGAUGGAUAUCCAGACAUCGUCACUCCCAACUUCUCCAAUGACUCAAUCAGCCUGCUCCUCAACGACACCAAAGGCAGCUUUGAAAACCGGACACAAUACGAUGUUGGGACUUGGCCAAUCCGCCUCGCCGCCGGAGACUUCGACGCCGAUUCCGAUAUCGACAUAGCCGUCGUCAACUCCCAGUCCGAUGACAUUUCAGUUAUGCUCAACAACUGCAUCUCCGCGUCCUGCCCCGCCGACCUCACAGAAGAAGGCGAUCUCAACUUCCUCGACAUCUCCGAGUUCCUGAUGCUCUACGCGAACCAACAUCCCACAGUGGACUUUGAGCCCGACGGCAACUUCAACUUCCUCGAUGUCUCCGCAUAUCUCGCCGUAUUCGCGGCUGGAUGCCCAUGA